GCGCCGCGCGGCCUCCGCCGCCGGGUCGCGGCUGUUCCGGAGGAAAGCGGCCGAGAGCAGAGGCAGGUGAGCGGGCAGUAGGCCCAUGGCGCCGCCGCAGGCCCGGUUCCCCGGGACGGCGGUUCCCCGGGACGGCGGUUCCCCGCGACCGCUCGCGAGGCCCGCGCGCCCAGUCCGCCCGCCACCACCUCAGGCCGUUGGCGCCGCGGCCCCACCCCUCGCGCCGCUGCGCCCGCCCCGCCAUCCUCCGGCCGUCGAACCCCGCCGGUCGCGGCCUGAGGCGUCCGCCCGCCGCGGGGGCCCCGACCGGACGGCAGCGUCGCCAAGGCCGCGGAGCCGGGCCGCCAUACCUGCACUUUCCUCCGCCCGGCUGUGUUCUGCCGGUGAUGGGCCGCCAUCUUGCAUGUUGACACUCCGACGUCACUUCCGGGAGAGUCGCGGCACCGGCGGAUGUCCCGUCCUAUUCUUUGGUUGGGUAGAAGGUGAAAAGAAGUCGAAGAAGUCAAGGCGUUUAGCAGCCGUUCCUCUCUAAUAAGCUGAGGAAGAAAACAGCCUCUUCUACCUCUUUACAUGGGCG